AUGCGAAAUACUUGGCUGUUCCCCCGGAGUGCGAUUAGGGAUUACUGGACAUCGCUGAUUGCAUGUCUCUUUUGGAUUCAGUACUCUUACGGGAUGCCUCAUGUUAUUCGAAUAGGUGGAAUUUUCGAACAAACAGACGGACCUGUUUCGCUCGUCAGUGCGGAGGAACUUGCCUUUAAAUUUGCAGUCAAUAACAUAAACAGAAACAGGACUUUGUUACCAAACACAACAUUAACUUAUGACAUACAGAGGAUUAAUAUCUAUGACAGCUUUGAGGCAUCAAGAAAAGCUUGUGACCAGCUGUCUUUAGGCGUAGUUGCAAUAUUUGGACCCUCACAUAGUUCAUCAUCGAAUGCCGUGCAGUCCAUCUGCAAUGCACUGGAAGUGCCGCAUAUCCAAGUGCGGUGGAAACAUCACCCUAUGGACAACAGAGACACCUUUUAUGCCAAUUUAUACCCAGAUUACUCAUCUUUAAGCUAUGCUAUCCUGGACCUGGUGCAGUUUCUCAAAUGGAAAACAGCUACAGUUGUAUAUGAUGAUAGCACAGGUCUUAUAAGACUACAGGAGCUGAUAAUGGCCCCGUCUAGGUAUAACAUCCGACUAAAGAUCCGCCAGCUUCCUCUCGACACGCAGGAUACAAGGCCUCUUCUCAAAGAAAUGAAGAGAAGUCGGGAGUUCCGGAUCAUCUUUGACUGCAGCCACCACAUGGCAGCGCAGAUUCUCAAACAGGCCCAGACCAUGGGGAUGAUGACAGAGUAUUACCACUAUAUCUUCACCACUCUGGACCUGAUGGCCAUCGACCUUGAGCCCUAUCGCUUCUGUGGCGUCAACAUGACUGGUUUCCGCAUCCUCAAUGUGGAAAACCCUCAAGUUGCUUCCAUUGCAGAGAAAUGGUCAAUGGAAAAGCAGAUACCACCUAAACCCGAUUCAGGCCUGCUGGAGGGCAUCAUGACGACAGAUGCAGCUCUGACCUAUGAUGCAGUCCACAUUGUUUCCGUCUCAUACCAGCACGCUCCUCAGAUGACCGUAAACUCACUGCAGUGCCACCGCCACAAACCCUGGAGAUUUGGAGGCCGCUUCAUGAGUUUCAUCAAAGAGUCCCACUGGGAUGGUUUGACGGGUCGACUGUCCUUCAACAAAACAACUGGUCUACGUACAGACUUUGACCUGGACAUCAUCAGUCUAAAGGAGGAUGGACUUGAAAAGGUGGGGAAGUGGAGUGCGUCUGGAGGUCUUAACAUCACAGAAGUGCCGAAGCGAAAAGGGAUGAACAUCACGGAUUCUCUGGCUAACCGCUCCCUUGUCAUCACCACCAUCCUGGAGGAGCCAUAUGUCAUGCUUAAGAAAUCUGACAAGGCGCUGGUUGGGAACGACCGUUUCGAAGGAUUCUGCAUCGACUUGCUAAAAGAGCUGGCCAACAUCCUGGGCUUCACGUAUGAGAUCCGUCUGGUGCCUGAUGGGAAAUAUGGCUCCCAGGAUGACAAGGGCCAGUGGAACGGCAUGAUUAGGGAACUUAUAGAACAUAGAGCAGACUUGGCAGUCGCUCCUCUCACCAUCACUUAUGUACGUGAAAAAUUCAUCGACUUCUCCAAGCCUUUCAUGAGCAUGGGCAUCAGCAUCUUGUAUCGCAAACCCAAUACUACCAACAAUGGCUUCUUCUCCUUCCUGAACCCCAUGACUCCCGACAUAUGGGUCUACAUCCUCCUGGCCUACCUGGGUGUUAGCUGUGUCCUUUUUGUCAUUGCCAGAUUCAGUCCAUACGAAUGGUAUGACGCCCAUCCUUGCAAUCCUGGAUCAGAUGUGGUGGAGAACAACUUUACCCUGCUCAACAGCUUCUGGUUUGGAGUUGGUUCCUUAAUGCAACAAGGCUCAGAAUUGAUGCCCAAAGCCCUGUCGACCAGGAUAAUUGGUGGGAUCUGGUGGUUCUUCACGCUCAUCAUCAUAUCAUCCUAUACAGCUAAUUUAGCAGCUUUCCUCACUGUGGAAAGAAUGGAUUCACCUGUGGACUCAGCUGACGACAUUGCCAAGCAGACCAAAAUCGAGUACGGCGUGGUCAAAGAUGGUGCAACGAUGUCUUUCUUCAAGAAAUCUAGAGUUUCUACUUUUGAGAAGAUGUGGGCCUUUAUGAGCAGCCGGCCAAGAACUUCACUGGUGAAGUCUAUUGAAGAUGGUAUUCAGAGGGUGUUAAAGUCAGACUAUGCCCUCAUUACGGAGUCCACCACUAUUGAUUACAUCACUAGAAGGAACUGUAACCUGACACAGGUGGGAGGACUUAUCGACAGCAAAGGCUACGGCAUCGGCACUCCCCUCGGCUCUCCGUACAGAGACAAAAUCUCCAUAGCAAUCCUAAGCAUCUUGGAGGAUGGGCGCCUACACAUGCUAAAGGAGAAGUGGUGGAGUGGGAGCAGCUGCCUGGAUGAACGGCAUCGCGAAACAGGCCCCAUGGGUAUCCAGAACCUGGGUGGUAUAUUCAUUGUGCUGGCAUCUGGCCUAGUGCUAUCUGUUUUUGUGGCAAUUGCUGAAUUCAUCUACAAACUACGGAAGACUGCGGAACGUGAGCAGGUCUUUGUGCAGUGCCAUGGUGGACGAGAUCAGACUGUCGUUCACCUGCGAGAGACGGGUGAAACACAAACCUCAGCCUCCAGUCAUGGUGAAGACGGAUGCAGUGAUCAACAUGCACGCCUACAACGACCGACGACUCCCAGGAAAGGACAACAUGAGCUGCAGCACUGGGAUGACUCCUGUGUUCCCGUGACAAUGUGUUCCCCACAGGGCAAGAGCCUGCUGAGCAAUGUUUCAGGGGCACUGCCAGUGACUAGAGACAAUGGUAUAGAUGGGAUCACCAGAUACAGCAUUAACCACAGUGACAUGGGAACACUAACAAAACAUGGGCAACUGAAAAUGGCAGCAUCAGCCACACAGGUAUGACAACAUUCACCAUUGUAAUCCAAACUGAAAGAGGUAAAAGCAGGAUUCAGUGAGGUUCUAAGAAAAGAAAAAAAAGCCCAUUCCUGAGAAAGGAAACAGUAUAUAUCCAAUCAGUUUCAAGUCUGAUGUUUACGUGCGCAACAUAGAAACACAAGAAAAAAAACAAUGUUCAAGGAAUCCUGAAUCAGGCUGAAAAAGCUUAGCAGAACACAGCGAGAAGAAUGGCUCUAUGGACAAUGGCAAUAAAUGAGAGAACGGAAGGAGCUCUGAUUGAAGUUCAGUUUUGCCACAUGCAAAAAUUGAGUUUCUACCUUUACCCAAUGGCCUCAGACAGCAAAAAAUAAUGUUACCUCAAACAUGUUGUCUGGGCUUAAAUGGUUGUCAUUGAGUCAAAAGGGAUAGGAAAACUAAUUUAGUAUGUGCAGUAUUGUUAUUGGUGGACGGCUAGUUAAAAGUUGAGCGAUUAAGUUAGUUGUAAUUUGUAAUUAAUUAUAUUGUUAGACACAAGAAAUCAUAGUCACUGAUGCAAAGUGGAUUGUUGAGAUAAAAAACGAGAGAUACCACCUUGCUAUAAUGGUCCUAGUAAUACCUUUUGUGUCUAAUAAUUUUGUACAUGACUAAAUUUUAUUAACUUAAAAUGAUGAUUGCCAAAGAUAUGAUGAUUCAGUAGAAGCAUUUACAUUAGCAUAUGGGGCAGAACGGUUCACUUAGGAGCACAAAUCUUGCAUCCAAUGAAAAGUCCAAUGGAAAGCAAAUUGGAGUGUUUUAAAUUUGUUGUAAUAAUCUUGUUGUAAUAUUUGUUCAAACCAUGCGGGGUAAUAGGUAUCCUAAAUACAUUAUAUUUUAUGGUUAAGCAAACCAACUUAGAUUAAAGAAAAUGUUUAUCAAAAUGUAAUGUAAAACAAUCAUUGCACAACACAAGAAAACUUAUUGAUCAAUUUCCUGUUCAAAAGUCAAAAAUGUCAAACAGUUUUAAUAAUAAUACUGAAAAUAUUGAAGCAGUUUUGACUAGUUGUGGCAGCCUGCAGUUUUUCUAAAAUCUCUAACUCUUGAUUGGGCUGAAGGGCAUUAGUUCAGACAUUUCUGUUUAUAUUACAACUGAGAAACAGUUUGUUUUGUUUGGGGUUUUUUUGUUGUUGUUUUUUUAAACAUUUAAGCAUGACAUAUUCACUAAAAUAUGUGUUUGGUCUGUGUCUAAAUGUGGCCACAGGACCACUGAAUGUCCCAACUGCUUCUGACAUUUUGAACACUUCACUCAUCUGUGUGAUCUGCAGGCUUUUUGGACAAAUGAUUGAUUUGCGUUAUAUAUACUGGGCAUAAGUUUGGGUUUAAAUGAGCAAAGCAAGAUUCUGAAGGUCAUCUGCGACCAGAACGUCCGUAUUCUUCUUUUCAAUUACCUGAUGUGGACUGAAUUCAUACGUGUCGUGUGUGAACAUACUGAAAGACAAUGUGGUGACAGAUCACAGUUUUGUGUGCUCAUAUACUGUAUGCUAUACUGUAUCUAAAGCGAGUGUCGUGCCCAAGAAAGAUUCGAGGAGUCUGUGAGCUGCUGUCGCCUGAAAGCUGAAUGAACAGCAAACCUCUGUGAGGUUUAAAUUGUUGAUACGCAGAAACAACAUCAACAACAACAACAACAACAAAAUAAUAAUUUGUAACUAUCUAUGAUUCAAGGAAACUCCAGUCUGUAAUACUAAGCAUUGAUUUGGUAGAGAUUGACUGUAUUAUUGUUUUAUCAAUUCCCUCCUGCAAAGUAGAAUAUGUAGAUAAAAUCAGCAGGAGAAAAUGUAUUUUGCUAAAUUUAUACUGUUAUAAAUGAAUUCUGUUAACAGGUAAAUAUGUUCUAGAUGCUAUUUAUUUCAUUAGAGAGGUCAAUUUUAACUACUUCCUCACUUUACCCCAAAUCCAUAGCCCCACACCUUUUUUUAAUUUAUUUAAAAGAAAUGCAUUAUAUGAUAUGGUAUAUUGGAUUAAUAUCAUCCGGAUGGAAAAAAAUAUACAGUAUGUAAAUCUUCUUAUAUGAUGGCGAGUAUAUUUCUAUGAGGUGAAAAUGAAAUGGAAAUGCUGAGCUUUCCUAAGAAUUUGGGGGACAUUGUUUUAGAGUAGGAUUAUAUUACGUAACCCUAACCCGGACCUUCACUCUUCAUGAAAUCCUGAUGACAACCUGGUCUAAAGUGCGGCUGUGGUUGAUACAUGGUUCUGCUAUGUUACUGUUACCCUCAUGUGAACUGUAGCUUUUCAUGCAGGUUAUUGAAAGACUUAAGAUUGAUUUUCACGUCUGUAAUAUGUGAAAGUAAAUCAAAAUGUCAUCAGAUUAGUUGGAAUUACAACAGGGUUUCGGAUUCGGCUGAUCCAGUCAGUUUGAUUACUGAAUAUAUAUGUUUUUUAAGAAAUAAAUUAAUGUGAAUAAUGUCAUUUUACACAAACUUGUAAGAAAUGUGGGAGAAAAGUGUGUUCCAUUAGCAGUGUGUGAUAUGAAUUUUGAUUUUCUAGCAGUCAUGAUGGUAUGCCUUCUUAUGUAUACCUUUCUUUUCAGUUGCAAAGCUUCUAUCAUUUGGCAGAAAACCUCUCAAACAAUAUGAUAAAUAUGUUGGUGCCAACCAGGGUUUUCUUUGUGGACAUGCAGAAUUUCUAUGAAUAUAGUUUUUGUAAGGUUUUGUAAAAAAAAAAAGAAAAAAAAAGAUUUUGUUUUCCUAGUAACUGUAUGUGUUAAAAGAACAUUAGAAUAACCCACAGCCGAGUAAAACAUGGGGAAAAUCGACAAAAUACUAUAUAAAAGCUACUGAAUUAUUUUCUUUUUAACACACUGUGAAUAAUUCAAUUGUACAGUUUGCUGUAUGGGUUAUAUGAGGUUUUAAAUAAAAAUACAAACUAUUUAUA